AUGCAAGUCUGGGGAAUCUCCCCGAUAAUAUCGACAAUCGGGAUCUUCUGGCUUCUUCUGGGUGCUGCUGGAGCUUCCGGUCAUGUUGAUCCCUCCCAUUAUGGAAACGACACGACAAGUUAUGAGCAGCCUCAUCAACUUGAGAGGUUAGAGCGAGUUGUUGGAUACUUCGAAGGCUGGGGCUCUCGGCGAGUCUGCAACGACUUUUGGCCGGAGAUGAUUCCGGAUGCCAUAUACACCCACCUCAACUUUGCCUUCGCCACAAUCGACCCUGAAACAUACGAGGUCAUGCCGGCUCAUAAAGCGGAUGUGAAAUUAUAUAGCCGGUUGACAGGAAAGAAACGGGGAAGCACGCCAUUGAAAGUCUUCAUUGCUUUUGGGGGCCCGACCUUUAAUGGCCCUGGACCCACACAGCGCACCUUCUCCGAUAUUGCGGCAUCUCCCCAGAACCAGAAGAAAUUUUUGAAGUCAUUGGUAUCCUUCAUGUCUACCUAUAACUUUGAUGGAGUUGACUUCAAUUGGGAAUAUUCUCACAUUGGUGAAUGGCUCGGGCGAGAAGAAGACUUUCAAAACUUCCCCAAAUUCCUGAAAAGUUUGAAAAGCACCCUGAACAAGACACCUGGUCGGAACGGCAUUUCAAUCUCGAUCCCAUCAUCUCCCUGGUAUCUGGAACAUUUUGAUAUGAAAGAACUUUCUGAGUCUGUUGACUUUUUCAACAUGAUGACAUACGAUCUCCAUGGCACUUGGAGCCGAGGCAACUUACAGACCGGACAUGCAUGGACGGGAGAUUAUCUCAAUGGGCAUACCAACCUUACGGAGAUCGAUAUGGCUCUGGACCUACUCUGGAAGAAAGACAUUCCAAAGAGCAAGGUGGUGAUGGGACUAGCUUUUCAUGGGCGCUCGUAUAUAAUUGGCGACGACUGCUCAGAGCCAGGUUGUGUGUAUCUGUCUGGUGGGGUUGAUGCGGGAUGUAGUUCGGAAACUGGUGUGAUCUUCAAUGCUGAUAUUUAUAAGGUAAGAGAGGCCAGUCAAAUCUCCGGUCAAAUCCACGACCUGGCCGUCUUGUAUGAAGAAGCGGCGAUCAAAGUGGACAAGCUAGGUGACAAAUGGGUGUCGUACGACGAUGCAGACACAUUUCGACUGAAAAUCAAAUAUGCCGAAAUGGAAUCCCUCGGCGGUGUCAUGGUCUGGGCUGUAUCUCGUGAUACAAAGAAAUCCGAUUAUUCCAACAUGCUAGGAAAAAUUACCGGUCUUCUAGAGUCGCCCAGCUACUGGACCGCGGAUACUUUGUUCCCCGGUGAAGCAGAAGAAGUUCAGGCUUUUGAAGAAGCAUUAAAAGAGUGGAUUAAAAACCCAAGCUGCUCUGGAGAUAUGAUGAAUGAAUUGGUAUGA